UUUAAACUAUGGAUCAGUAUUGUGAUCCUCGUAAGUACGAUUUGGAAUAUGUGCUCUAUGUUAUGCGCUUACAUUUCAUAUUUAAGUCUUAAAAUCACGUUGAAUGUUUAUGAAAAACUGUAGAAGAUGGUGAACAAAUAGCAAUGGAUACCGAUCAACGUUCUUCAUGGAUUAAUUGGUUUUGUUCGAACAGAAGAAACAAGUUCUACACAGAGGUUGACGAGCAUUUCAUUGAAGAUCCUUUUAACUUAAUCGGUCUCAAUCAACAUAUUCCAAUGUAUAAAGAAACACUUGAAAUCAUACUGGAUCUCGAACCUGACGACGAAAUGUACAGUCGUGUUCCUGAUCUGAGCCUACUAGAGCCGUCAGCAGAACUAUUAUAUGGCCUUAUUCACCAGAGAUUUAUCCUUACAAAACAAGGAAUGUUCCAAAUGUAUGAGAAAUAUGAAGCUGGAGACUUCGGAAAGUGUCCCCGAGUUUAUUGCGAUGAUUGCCAUUUAUUACCCUGCGGUCAACACGACUUGCCCAAACAAGGCCCUGUGCGCCUUUACUGUCCCAACUGUAAGGACAUUUAUAUACCACCUAACCCAAAACAUCAAAAUAUUGACGGUAGAUAUUCAGUUUACUAAGCUCUCAUUUUGGUACCACAUUUCCUCAUUUAUUUAUCCAAGCAUUUCCUGAUUGUAUUAAGCAUGUUGAACCGAGAAUUUUCACUCCUCGCAUAUAUGGGUUCCGAAUAAGUGAACUGUCACCGACCGGUCCCCGUAUGCAAUGGUUAAGAAUGAUUAACAAUGCGGAGCCUCGCGUAAAAAAUAUGGAUAAAGAUGAGCAAGAGGAAUAAAACGGGCAGCGGA